UAACCAUACAAAUACAAUGGAGAAAUUUGAAUUAUUGAAAAAAAAAUUGCUAUAAGUGGAAACGCCACUGCAAAAUCCACUCAGAAUCUCAGGUUUCCGGCAAAACCCAGAACCAAAAGAAUGGAGUUAUCAGAUGAAUGGAAAGCUUAUUUCCCUAUCGGCAAAUCCCUGGACCCACCACUACUCCUCUCUUCUUCUUCUUCUUCUUGUUGGCUUGGUCCUCUUUUGUUCAUCCCAAAACCUAAAACCCAUCCUAAAACCCUUUUCUCUUCUCCCUUAAUAUUCCCUCCUCUCCUUCCUCCUCCUCCUCGCCUUUCUUUCUCUCGGUUCCUCUCCACCUCUUCUGUCCCUUACUCCACUUCUUUCUCUAUUGCUUCCCGCUUCGGCCCCUACCAUGACGUCGACGCCUCUUCCCUUUUAUCACACAAUUGCCUCCACCUUCUCCACUGCCCCGACCAAAACAUUGCUCUUGUCUUCUUCACAACUGGCUCCAACCAUGACCGAAUUGGGUUCUUAGCUAUUCACGUCCAAGACAACGAUUUCAAGAUUCUGGGUGAUCGGAACGGUGACGUUUUUGUUUCUAACAACUACUUUAAUCACAAAAUACUCAGGAUUUUACUCAACCCAGUUGACGAUUUCGAGGGGAUUUCAGGUGAUUCUGUUGUUGGGUAUUUAAUGGCUUGUACUUUAUACGCUGUUCAUUGGUAUUCUGUUAGAAUUGAUAAGUCUAGCAAAACCCCUUCUUUGGAUUACUUAGGCUGUAAGUUAUUCAAGAGUUCCUCCAUUGUCAGUGCUUGUUGCAGUCCGCAUUUACCUGAAGAGAGUUUGGUUUUGUUAGAGAACGGUGCAUUGUUCUUGUUUGAUAUAGAGUCUGAUGUUAAUUGUCAAAAAUCCAAUGGCUAUUUUAAAGGAAGUAAACUGAAAGUUUUAUUGGAUGAUUCCAGUGGUUCAGAGAAUUAUAAAUGGUUGGGUAUUGAGUUUAGUUGGCAUCCUAGGAUUUUCAUUGUUGCCCGAUCAGAUGCAGUCUUUUUAGUUGAUUUUAGGCUUGAUAAGUGUAAUGUAAUUUGUUUAGCUAAGGUUGAGAUGUUGAGCCCAUAUGUUGUGGGUGAAGAGGAUCAGUUCCUAGCGUUUUCUAGAGCAGGAGCUGAUGGGUUUCAGUUUGUUUUGGCUUCCCAUAGUUUAUUAGUUCUUUGUGAUGUACGUAAGCCAAUGAUGCCAUUGUUGCGUUGGGCUCAUAAUCUUGAUAAUCCGUGCUAUAUUGAUGUGUUUAUGUUAUCGGAAUUGAGAUCACAAUCAAGGGAUGAUAGGUAUCAGGGGUCAACUGAAUCAGGUUUUUGUAUAAUAUUGGGAUCGUUUUGGAAUUGUGAGUUCAGGCUGUUCUGUUAUGGCCCUUCUUCAGCUUGUGAAGGAUCCAUUGGUAUGGGAAUUUCUAAGUUUUGCAAACCCUUUUUGGCAUGGGAUCUUCCUUCAGAUCUCUUAUUGUCAAGCCAAGAGUGUCAUUGUGGAAGUUGCCUUGUUAGAGAAGAAUUUUCAAAAGGUGCACUUCCUGAAUGGGUUGAUUGGCAGCAUAAGAAGGAUAUUGUCCUGGGCUUUGGAAUUUUGAACAGGGAUCUCUCAGAGUUGGUGUGUGAGUCAGAUGAAUUUGGUGGGUUUACUUUGAUUAGGCUAAUGUCUUCAGGAAGGAUUGAAGCUCAACGAUAUUGUGCCUCAUGGGAUUUUGUGCAGAAAUUAGAUGUAUCUCACAGAGAACCAUUGCUGAAUUUUGAGGAUAGCUUACUAUACUCUUUGGGUGAUGAUGAGUAUGAAUUUCCUAAAAAGUUCAAGUAUUUGAACCUUGACUAUCUUCGUGGGUAUUUAUUUGGCAAUCUUACUAAAGUCCUAGAUUCCAAGAUGAAGAAGUCAUGCAAGGCUCCUCUGGAGAAGGAAUCUUUUAGCCUAGACUUUCACGAAAUUUUGUGUGAGAAGUUAAAGGUCUGUGGAUUUGGUCGAUUUAGGUCUUCUUCUGCACUUGCUAUUGUUUUCAAUGACAUUAGCUUGCCAACAAGCAUAUAUGAAGUUACUUCUAGGCAAAUGUGGGCAACCUUACCUUUGGAACUUUUACUACUGGCUUUCUCUGGCUAUUCUGAGCUACUUGAUGUGCCUUUCGAUGACAAGACAAUGCCUUUAGAAUUUUCAGUUGUUCCAGGCCUUCCCCAGUUGCCUCCUUUCCUAUUAAGGAAGCCUUCAUGCCGCAGCACAAAGUGGUCACACAAAGUGCAGCCUGAUGAUUCACUUGUGGGUCCUGUUCUUCCUCUUCCUGUUCUACUUACCUUGCAUGAGUUUCGUAAUGGCUGUCCUGAUUCAGAGAAAACGUGUGAAUUUUCAUCAGAGGUAGAACUUGGCCUUAGGUGUGAUGAAGUCAUGCGGGCUGCUGCAGAAAAGGCCAUACAAGAUUCUAGCUUGCUUAAUAAUGAUCAAGCCAUCUCUCUUGCUGAUGACAGAGAUGAGAUGUGGGUUGACUCUCAGAGGUCAAAACCCUUCCUUUUAUACCAACCUGUUGGAGAUUGGCAGUUAUUGAGGUGGUACGUUGAGUCAGCAUAGAACAUGAUGACGAAGAAAAGAAACUAAAAACCAGAAAGGAAUUUUUACAAGAUUUCGAGAGGCACUGCUUAUUGUUAUCCUCUAAAAAUUGAUCCAGGUAUUAUUUGAAAUCAACAUUUUUCCAGCAUCGUGACAGAUUUAGUGAUAGUGGUAUAUGAUUAUGGUAAUGCUUUGGUUUUAGAGCUGCAUUGUUGGUAGGUUUUUUCUUUGCCUAGAUUGCUUAAGGGUAUGGAGUGGGUAUGGACUUUGAAGGUUGUGAAUUCUGCCAUCCCAAUUAGGAAUCUGGUUUGGGUUUUGGAAGAUGUUGUUUCAGCAGCUGGACGCGAAAGAUGCAGGCGACUCGGGCACUGCUUGAUGUACACCUUUCGCUUUGUCAUUUUGUAAUUUAUACUAAGAAAUAAAGAGCAUCAAUGCAGUGGUAAGUCUGCAACGUCCUUGCUCUCUUCAUGCGAUGUGUUCUCAAUUUCCUCGAUGAUAUUGAUGAUGAUUAUUCCUUGCUCUUUUCUCAGUUUUUAGAAUUGCAUUUUGAGAUUGGAAGCAAUUCUAAGGAUCAUCUUUGACUCUCCUUUCGAGGUUAGCUACUAAAAGAAGGCUUUCGUUCAUGUAGAAGACAUCGCCCUACUUAACAUUCAUUUUUAUCUAUUCUGUAAGCUCUCAAUGUCACCAAUGGUUUAAAAAAAAACAUAAUUACUAUAUUUUUCCUAAUUUUGAACGUUAGU